AUGGACGCACAAGCCUAUCUCAUCCGACACGGAUGGUCUGGUCCCGGCAACCCUCUUAACCCAAACCAGCGCCCAGGCCCACACGGCGGUCUCGGUCUCACAAAGCCCAUUCUCGUCGCGCGCAAACAGAACAACCACGGCGUGGGCAAGAAGACAACAAAAGAUCCUACAAAUCAGUGGUGGUUGCGCGGAUUCGAAGAUGCACUCAAGGGAUUCGGCGAGGAAAAGACAACUGAUGCCGGAUCAAAUAAUGCGUUGACGAGCGAAUUAUAUCGCCACUUUGUGCGCGGCGAAUGUCUUGCUGGUACCAUGAAGCAGAAGACCGUGGAUGAGCCGGAAGAGAAGUCCAAGUCUAAAUCAAAGCGGAAGCGUGAUCCCGAAGAUGAGGAUGAGCGUCGGGCUAAGAAGGAGGAGAAAGCUGCACGGAAAGAGGAGAAGCGCAAGCGUCGCAAGGUUAAGGGAGAUGAGGAAGCUACCGAGUCUGCGACUGUGUCUUCGAGUGAUUCUUCGGGCUCGGAGAAGCGCAAAGAGAGCAAAGAGGAGCGCCGAUUGAGGAGGAAGGAGAAGAAGGAGCGGAAGGAGCGGAAAGCAGAGGAGAAGAAGUUGAAGAAGGCCAAGCGCUCUGCCAGCGAGGAGGAUUAUCCUACACCGAUGUCGACUGAUGAGGAUCUUGACGAUGCACGGGUGGAUACUGCUGAAUCAGAUGAAACCCCUGCCACGACCAAAGAGAAGAAGGAAAAGAAGGAGAGCAAGAAGUCCAAGUCCAAGAAUAAGGACAGCGAAGGGGAACAGAAGUCCGAUACGAAGAAGUCCAAAAAGGAGAAAAAGGAAAAGAAGGAAAAGUCCGCUUGA